AUGCCUUCUCAGAAUGUUCUUCCUCGGGAAGGGAACACGAAGAGGAAAGAAAUGAAUGCUGGAUCACAGAUAGUCAGGUCCCAGGAAUCACUGACAUUCCAGGAUGUUGCUGUGGACUUCACCAGAGAGGAGUGGGACCAACUGUACCCUGCACAGAAGAGCCUCUACCGAGAUGUGAUGCUGGAGAACUACAGGAAUCUAGUUGCACUAGGUCAUCAACUUUAUAAACCAGAGGUAAUUGCUCAAUUGGAGCAAGAGGAGCAAUGGAUGCUAGAAAAAAACAGCCCACUGGACACUCAUCCAGAUGGGAAAAACCAACCUGAAAUAAAAAAGUCAACUCUAAACCAGAAUAUUUCUGCUGAAAAUCAAACCCAUGACUUGAUAAUGGAGAGACUAACAGGAGACAGUUUCUGGUACUCCAUCUUAGGAGGACUCUGGGACUUUGAUUACCAAUUAGAGUUUAACCAAGAAAACCAGCAGAAACAUUUAGGACAACUAUCUCUCACUCACAAGAAGAUCACUCAGGAGAGAACCCUCGAAUGCAGUAAAUUUACAGAAAACUAUAAUCUGAACUCAAACCUUAUGCAUCCAAGAACUCCUUCCAUUAAAAUACCUCUUAGUUUUGACACACAGGGAAAUAGCAUCAAACAUAAUUCAGACUUGAUUUAUUAUCAGAGAAAUUAUAUCAGAGAGAAGCCCUAUGAAUAUAAUGAAUGUGGAAAAAUCUUCAAUCAACAUAUUCUUCUUACUAAUCAUAUUCAUACCAGAGAGAAACCCAGUGAAUGUGAGAAGGCCUUCAGCCACAACUCAUCUCUUACACAACCUCAGAUAGUCCUUACAGGAGAGAAGCCCUAUAAGUGUGAUGAAUGUGGAAAGAGAUUCAGUCAGAGGAUACAUCUUAUUCAACAUCAGAGAAUUCACACAGGAGAAAAACCUUUUAUAUGCAAUGAAUGUGGGAAAGCCUUUCGUCAGCAUUCAUCUUUUACUCAACAUCUGAGAAUUCAUACUGGAGAGAAGCCCUAUAAAUGCAACCAAUGUGGUAAAGCCUUUAGCCGUAUCACAUCCCUUACUGAACACUAUAGACUUCAUACUGGAGAGAAACCUUAUGAAUGUAGUUUUUGUGGCAAAGCCUUCAGCCAGAGAACACAUCUUAAUCAACACGAGAGAACUCAUACAGGAGAGAAACCCUAUAAAUGUAAUGAAUGUGGGAAAGCCUUUAGCCAGAGUGCACACCUUAAUCAACAUAGGAAAAUCCAUAUUCGGGAGAAACUAAGUGAAUAUAAGUAUGACAAAACCUUAAGCCAUAGUCCUUCCUUUACUCAGCAACACAUAACUCAUGAUGGAAAAAACCAUAUGAAUUUAUGA